AUGACUUUUGGUGGUAACAUGGACCAUGGAUGCACAGACUCAUGCUACUCCAGGACCACAGACCCAGACCUGGCUCUCAGGAGGAACAUAUCCUCAAACACCACCACGGCCUCGGAUGGCAGUACAAGCGAUGGGAAAGUUUUACAGUUUCUUACUGCAAAAUGCGAGUCUGCAUUUCUUUCCAAAAGGAAUCCUCGGCAGAUAAACUGGACUGUCCUCUACAGAAGAAAACACAAGAAAGGACAGUCGGAAGAAAUUCAAAAGAAAAGAACCCGCCGUACGGUCAAAUUCCAGCGGGCCAUCACUGGUGCGUCUCUUGCUGAUAUAAUGGCCAAGAGGAACCAGAAGCCAGAAGGUAGGAAAGCUCAAUGUGAGCAGGCUUUCAGGGCUGCCAAGGAAGCAAAAAAGGCUAAGCAGGCAUCAAAGAAAACAGCAAUGACUGCUGCCAAGGCCCCCACAAAGGCAGCACCUAAACAAAAGGCAGUGAAACCUGGGAAGGUCUCUGCUCCCCGAGUUGGUGGAAAACGCUAACUUGGUAGAUCAGAGUUUAAAAAUAAAGAUGUUUCUAACUCAAAAAAAAAAAAAAAAAAAAAAAAAA